UUCACUUUGACCUUACUCCAAGAAGUGAAGUAUCCUCUCACACCCUAUCUUUCUUAUACAAAGUGACAAAUCCCCUCCCCCAUCCCCGAAGGCGCGGUGGUGAUGACGACGACGAUGAAAAUGACAUGAAUUACAUACGGAUAUUAAUUGGCCGAGAAAUCACAGGCGCUCGACUUAAUAAUGAAGAACUUGCAGUACUUAUCAAUGACAAUUGGUAUCAAGAACUUCGAACUCAUGCAAUCCCUAACAUUCUCAGAUUUAGCAGAGCAAGAAUUUCGAUUGAGCAGACGGACACUUUACAGAGCAGUGAUAUAUCUGGACAAAUUUCUUGCCACUCGAUUAAUAGCUAAUGGAGAGCUCUGGGCAGUCAGGAUAUUAACAGUGACCUGUUUAUCAUUAUCUGCAAAAAUGGAUGAAGUGCCACCAUUAGAAUCUUACAACACCAGUGUGAAUGCCAUAAGGAGAAUGGAGAUUUUGAUUCUUAAUGAAUUCAAUUGGAAAAUGAAUUGUGUUACUCCUUUUGCUUUCACAAAUGCAGAGUUGUUUCAAGAAUAGAAAUAACUAGAAUGAGAACAGCUGAAUUCAUCAUGAAUUUCUGUGUUAAUUCAGGAUAAUGAGUGUUACUGUUACUAUAGAUUGCGAGAGAUGAACUAGCACAUUUGAGGAUGAUGACAAACAACCACAGCAGAAGAAACACUACUGUUAAUGAAUUUUCUUAGUAUUCAUGAGAUUGUAAUUAGCUUCUGUUUGCUAGAUAUUGGAUAUAAUCAAAUAAGGGAUUCAUUGAU